AUGGACAUCGACCACGAACUCGACCGUGCCAACUCUGCCUUCCCCGACAUCACGGAUGACUUUGACCCGACUCAGUUAACGGGCACAAUUUCUUCUGUUCCCCCACCUCCUGCAGUUGACGACUUUGGAUGGGGCUUUGAUGCACCAUCCGCACCUCCAGCGGCUGUCAAGAUCACGAGAGAUGAUGAAGUCGAGAAGUUCGAAAACCAGUUCCCGGAGCUGGAUGAUACACCUUCCUUCCAGCCCAUGGCUCCUGCGCAGCCCACCCUUCGCCCGUCAUUCUUAGGCGGUGCCCCUGUUGCGGCCCCAUCCGCACCUGCUAUGUCAUUGUCUCCUGCUCCUGGUCUGUUCAGUCAAGAUGAAGAUGAGGAAGAGCGCGAGGUGAUCAAGCAAUGGCGCGAGAAACAGGCCGAACAGAUCAGGGAGCGUGAAGAUAAGGCAGCGCGCAGGAAAGCGGAUACAAUCAAGAAGGCUGAGGAGAGUAUUGACCAGUUCUACGAGGACUACAACAAGCAGAAAGAGAGGAACAUCCGCGAGAACAAGUUCGGUCUUCCCGUGUCACUUCCGGAAAAUGAAGCUCAGUACCUUGAUGGCCUCAACGCGUCCCUUUCGGAAGGCACCACGUGGUCGCGCAUUUGCUCGCUCAUCGAGCUUGAGAACUCGCAGAGCAAAACCCUUGCUCGUGCUGGUCCUGGCACGACGGAUCUGAGCAGGUAUAAGGAGGUGCUGUUGAGACUGAGGAGGGAGGGCGACAGGGCCCCUGGUGCUGCUGGCUACUAG